CCACAGGAUGGCAGUGAAGGUGUCUUUGGUGCAGGUAUCCCUGUAAACACACAAGCACUCUCUUGUUUGUGACUCCCUCCAGGAAGAGCCUUAAUUCUAACAUCCACAGACAGCUGUCUGUAGAUCUAACCCGCUCCUAUAGGAGCAUAUAAGAGCUGUCACAGUAAACAGCUGAGGGUGAACCAGGUCGAUCCUGCCCCCAUGAUACUGUGAUUAUAGGGGGAGGGGUUAACCUCCAGUCCUCCAAGAUAAACAACACACAGAAUAAUCAUAAUAAUUAUCUGAAAGUGGCUUGGCUUCUAAUAGAUAGUUCACAGCUCAUAAUCAGAUCCGUCUGAUAAAGGACAGUACGUCUAAUAUGAUGUAACCACUACAGAGGUGAUUCACAGCACGCCAACACCUCCUUAAUGAGAUUCACAACCCAAAUUUACUCAACUUUUCACUACAAUUCAUCUAAUGAAGAAUGUUGUAGUAAUAUAAGACUGUUUUUUCUAUUUUUUUAUUAAUUUGUCUUAAACCAGCACACUCUAAUUUACAUAGAGUUAAUACUAACAUUUUUACAGUGUCUAUAUGGAUUCACACCACAGAGUGCUGAUUCAGCUCUUUUCAGAGUUAAAAAUGGACUCUUCCUAACAUUAACCAAAGUUACUGUAGCUUAACAUUUCUCUGUAGUGUUAGAAAUUUACUCUCUCAGUGUAACAUUUUCAGAAAGAUGAAAGAUUCCCUUUAACUUUGGGUGUAAAUUUGUAUUUUCCCUAAUGACUAAAAUUGUUAUUUUAUAUUGGACACCUGUGGCAAAGUCAAAUGUUUUCUGGUGAGGGUGGAGCAGAGAGACAAAUACAGAGUUGAAAUUUAUAUUUUAAAUAAUAAUCAGCUCAUCAUACAUUUCUACAGAUCUCUUUAAGCCACAUGUAGGAAGUCACUAACUCACUAACUCCAGAAACACAAGCAAAUCUUCAUUUUUUAUUUAUAUGGCAUCUUUUAAACAGUUGCUUACAAAGUGCUUUAACAAUCAGCAGAAGCAUGAACUCAAGGAAUAAAUAAAAACAAUCAGAGCAGAAGAGGAGCUCUGAAAAUUCACAGAAUGUGAAUCACAGAGGAGAAAGUGACAUGUAGAUUUUGAAUGGCAGUUAAAGUAAUAAUUAUAAAAUAUAGAAUAUAAUCAAGUCAGUGAAAGCUAAUAUAGUUCCUAUGAUAAUAUUACAAAUAAUAGCAUAGGAUAUGGGAUAAGAAGAGAAUUGUAUAGAUAUAUUCAAACAACCAAACAAAUACAUGAAGAUAAUGAUGUCACAUCAGAGGAUUCAAGACAGAUAAGUAAGAGAAAAGAGGACAAGUCAGUGAAGUUUAAAGUAAAUAAACCUGAGAAAAUAGUGAGAGCAACUGAGUCAAUAAAUAGUAAAAAGAGGCGUAACAUUAAAGCAAGUCUGUAAAGGCGAGUUUAAAGGAAUGAUUUAAAAGAUGAUACUGAAUCUGCCAGCCUUUUCUCCUAGGGGAGGUCGUUCCAAAGUCGAGGGGCUCUGACAGCAAAAACCCUGUCUCCUUUAGAUUGUUGUCUCAACUUUGGAACAACCAGGAAGCCUCCGGAUCUAAAUAGUGAAAACUGUACAACAGGUGAUAUCUAAACACAUUGAAAACACAUCUAAACACACAACGUGUUUUUUGUCUCGACUUUUGAACAACCAGGAAGCCUGCGGAUCUAAAUAGUGAAAACUGUACAACAGGUGUUAUCUAAACACAUCUAAACACAAUGUGAGAUGGGAAAACUCUGCCCGCCUCAGAUUCAGUAGUAUGUAUCUGCAGGCUUGCAGGCAGUAGUUUCAGGACCACAGAUUUAAAGACCGGGGCUCUAGGACCUGUGUUUUUUGCUCCACCCAGCAAAGUGGAGAGCAUUGUGAUCAAUCAAGUUGCAGCAGUUUAUGGGCCGCAGAUUUAGGACCAUAGAUCUAGAAACUGUGUUUUUUGCUGAGUUGGCACAAAUUUGAUAGGCAGAAAUCUCAAGUUCACUGGAAGAACUCUUUUUUUAUGUUAUUAGUGUUUUCCAUUAAUCUUAUGUUAUUAUGAUAGCUUGCUAAGAAUAGGCUAAAAAAUCUUUUUAGGUACAGACUCUUGAAUUCCUUCAUUAUUUAUUUUUACUUGUUUUACUUUAACAAGUUUUUGUUCUACUAACUUACUUUUUUUUCUAAUUGAAGCCCCUCUUCCUGACAGGUGUAAGCAUAAGUGCAUAUCUCUAGCUAGAAAUCUUUAUUUAAAAGAAUCCUCAUAAACAACAUGCUUGUUCACAAGCAGGGUCCUAGGAUCUGUCCUGAAUCGGCUGCCUUUAUGACACGAGUUAGUGACUCCAGUUUGAAGGCUGCAUGUCAGCUUAGGGUUUCUGUACAUCAGGGGAUAAUUUUUCUCCAGGUGGCCUACUUUUGGGCCCAGACCCACCUUUUGAGAACCUCUGCACUGAAGAAGAAAAGCCUGUUUGAUUUAAGAGGAGGUUGUGGAUCAUUUGGAAUGAACUAAUUUGCCUGUUGAACUUUAUUUCCACAUUUAAAAGUGCUGAAAAAACAUUCAGAUCCCAGUGGAGCUCGUAUUUAGCUUGUAAUUGUGAUUAUCCCUUCCCAAAAUAAAAGGAUUAAUUUGUUUUUGUCAAUGGGAGGAGGCCUACGAUCAUUUUGGCAUUAGUCUGGUAUGGCUUCCCUUUCUAACACUGACUUUAAAGUGUCUCCUAGUGCGUGCUUUUCACCUGCCUCUCCUCUCAGCAGAGCAAGUAAAGACGCGAAAAUAACUGUCAUGUUGCCUCCGCCAAACCGGAAAGGUGACUUCUGCCACAAACGUGUGCGUCAGCGCGUGCGCGUUCGUGGGUAGGUGUGUGUGUGUGUGUGUGUGUGUGUAUUGCGAGACAGAAGGUGAGAAAGAGACAGAGGGGUGUAGCACAAACAGGUGUAUUCACAGCAGGUAGAGCUGCUUCAGUUUAGGAGAGAGAGAGCAAACAUGAUGGCGCGAGCUUAACGAACCCACAGGUUACCAACCCGGGGGGAUUUACGCUUUUUACGGACUACAUUUACAGCUAUAACUUUAAAAAAAGGGACUUUUUUAGAAGAACGGUUCAGGAUUACCCGGCAGCAGGAGGCAUGAGUCCGCCUCAUUGCUUCAUGUAUGCCUGUCAUUAAGGAAACUACCACCUGGACUAAUGAGCGUUUUUCUAACGCUGAAAUUGUCCCAAGUCGCGCCCAGUCCAAAAUAACCGAGGAAGAGGAUGCCAUCUCCGCGGAAAACGCUCUUUUUCUAUCUCUGUUUCCUCCUGAUAUGUGUUCCAGUCAUACUGGCAGGAUUUGUGGAUGUCCCAUCAGAAAAUCCCCUCCGCUCCUUAGCUGAAGAAGAGACUGUCCUGCCGUGCCGGUACAAAGCUACAGGUGGUGACGUGGUGGUGCAGGUCACCUGGUAUAAAGAGGACGAGUCCACCAAGGAGCAGAUCAUCACAGCACACCAUAUAAAUGGACAGACGGCGUUUGGGUCGUGGUCUCGACGUGUGCGCUUCAAAAGCAGCGACCCCACCUUGGAGUCGUCUCUGGUCAUCAUGAACACAGAGGUGUCCGAUGAGGGGAGGUACAUCUGUCACAUCAGCACCUUCCCAUCGGGGAACUUUGACACGGAGAUGUCCCUCAUUGUGUGGACCAUCCCCAUCUCCUCCCUGGACCCUGUGGUUCUGGUUGAGGGACAGUCCUACCGACAGGCCGCUUCGUGUCGAGCUGUAGCCAUCCCACCUCCUCGCCUCACCUGGGAGACGGAUCUGAACGGCCAGUCCACCAACCGCUCCAGCGACAAUGGGGCAGUCUCCUCGCACUUCUCCCUGCACCCCCUCAGGGGCAUGAAUGGAAAGAAGCUGGACUGUCUGGUGUGGCAUCCGACUUUGGUGACGCCCCGCAGACUGAGAAACCGGCUGGUGGUUCACUUCCCUCCUCAUGCAGAGGUGUCUGGCUUCAAUGGAGACUGGUCCGUGGGUAUGCAGAACGCUGCCCUGAGGUGCGUGAGUGGAGGAAACCCCAGACCACAGAGUUUCACCUGGAUCAGGAUCGGUGGAGAGUUGCCUGAAGGUGUGAUCCCCCAGCCUAAUGGGACUCUUGUUUUUGGUCGACCUCUGAGCUUGUCGGACGCAGGCACCUACCAGUGUGUGGCGACGAACGAAGUGGGAACAGGGAAAGCAGAGGUGGAGGUUUCUGUGAUAGCGGCUCCUGAGGAGCGGAGUUUGCCUGAAGACAUGAUGAUGAUCAUCAUUGGGGGCGCGGCUGGCGGGCUGCUGAUCCUGAUGCUCAUCGUCGUCAUUACCGUGACUUGUCACCACAAACGCAAGAACAAGGAGCUGAAGAGGGAGCUGACAGAGAGGAAAGAGGAAAUAAGCACACUCUCCAGGCAGGCUUCCUUCAGGAGGAUGAACUCAGUCAGCACAGAUGUCAGAGGAACGACAGAAGAAAACAUCCCUCUGAGGGUGGAGGGGACCAUAAGGACCAGCCUGUCAUCCCUGGGGGAGCAAGCUUACUGCCGUGACAGUCGAUCUACCAUCUCAGGUGGGCGUGGAGGAGGAGGUGGAGGAGGGGGGGCCUAUGAUUACCUGGGCAGACCAGUCCUGCACAACAACUCGCGGCGGGGGAGGGACAGGCUAUUAGACAGAGAUGAGGAAAACCGACUCAGAGUGGAAACAUAUGUUAGAAACAGCACAAUUUCUUUGCAGGAAACCCGUUUCCACCCUCCUCUCACGCCAUCACCCUACCCGGUCAUGCAGUCCUCUGAGAUCGUCAGACAGCUUAACGGCAGCGCUGUCAUUCCAACAGAGGGAGGCUCAAGACCAGGAAGUGUUACCAAGACUCACCAGCACCCCCCUCCUAGCUGCACCUACCCACCGGUGACGGACGACGAAGAUGAAGUGGACGAAGGUUUGGGCGGCCCUGCAAGUCAGGAGCAUCCGGAUGACCAAGACAGCGAGACGAACAGCUCCCAGGUGUCUGAGGCUCACAGUAAUCGCUUUCAGCACACUAACGGCACAAUCAGACCCAAAUCUCGCCUGAGCCCCUCUGUGGUCAGUCCUCAUGCCUCCCUGAUCCACAAAGCCCAGAUAGUUUAGCACAGAGCUGGAAAAUGAUACUCACUCUGACCUAAAGUGGCCGGCUCUGGUGUUUGAGAUGGUCAUGAGGGAGAACACUGGCCAGGUUUGGUCAGGACGGGUCAGUUAUAAAACACCUGACCCUGGCCGACAGUGAUGCAUCGUCUUAUUUUGGGGGAACAUGGUGCAAUAGAGAAGACACUUCUAAGGACGAAAUCUACACCAAAUCAUCUACAGGACUAUUCUGUAUUUCUUCCUGCAGUUCGUGAUGUUUGGUGUGAAAUCACCUGGAUUACAGACACUAAAAAAUAGAGGUCGAUAUGUUUACAUGCAGCAAGAAAAGAUGACUUACUGUGCUUGCCUGGCUUAGACUGGACUUGUGAGAUGCAUGUAAACGUGUCCGACUGCAAUCAGGAUAAACUGUUUCCUAAAGUCGGACUAGCACACCAAUGGUUGGACUGAUUUCUAUUGUAUAUAUACACCUCAAAACAAACCAGACGAGGAGUUCUUUGCAUGCUCUACAGUCUGCACGCCAGGCUUUAAACGCAAAAGUCAAACAACAUAAAUGCCAAGACGUUGCCACGUUGUGUGCCUUUGGAUAUCACCAUAAACUUGUGUUCAUCGGAUUAGAACCAAAAGUAAAGUGUAGAUUAUGUACAAAAUGUACAAAGCUGUAACUUUUGUCCAUGUUUUCACCUUUUAACGUACAACUUUGUAGUGCUUUGGCAAGGUUGGCUCAAAUGGUCCAGUAGUAUCUAGCUGAAAGAAGCAAAAUGCCAGCGAGCACAGAGUCAGAAUUGAUUAUCAACUCUCUCCCAGUGAUUAAAGAGGGUUUGCAGAGGCGUGUCUUUCAGGGCGUGACAUGACUGCUCAGCAGGGCUGAGUGGCAAAACAUUCUGAAACACUGCUCAAUGGAGAGCAGAUGAAGCCAGGAGGAAAACCAACUAUAAUCAGAUAAAAUUAGCUGUAUUUGGAAAAGAUCAGUUUCCUAAAGACACAAUCUACCGUCUGUAUAUUUGUGCAUAAAGUUUCUGCUGUUUAAGGUUAAGACUUUUUCAACUCAGAAUUUUAAAGUUCUUUUUCUUAUAAAUUUAGAACUUUUCCAACCUUUUAAGUAAAUGUUAAUAGUGAAUAUAAGACUUUAUGAUCUCAAAAACUGUGCCUUUUUCCUUAAAAAUUAAGAAAUCCUCAUAAUUGUUUAAUCCUUUAGUGUGACCUCAGUGCACUAUGGUGCAUUAUGUUUCCAGUCAGGUUUUUUUCAAAUAAAUAUGCAUCUAAUUUUGAAAUCAUCAGAGCAGACGAGGCCCUGCAUCCCACCUGAGAUCUUUGCCGCCCCCCCAAGGGGUGCCUGGACCCUGGGUUGGGAACCCCUGCAUUAAGAGAUUUCAUAACUGUUGUCAGCCAUUGUUGUUACUAGAAUCAGCCCCACUGUGCUCAUAGAUAUACAUGGGUGCAGCGUUAAUUUGCUGGAUUGGAAGUUGAUGUUGACGCCAUAUUGCUAGUGGCAGAGCUGUUAUGUAGGGUGAUACAAGUAGACAAGGUUUGCAUGAGUUUUCAUAAUAAAAAGCACAAACUUUGACAUGAAAUUGAUUUGAAAAAAUCAUUUUACGGUUAUCUCAAUGAUCCAUAUUUAUAUAAGUACCAAUAAUGAAAACUACUGAGACAAGAAGGGCUUACUAGUGACAUAAAGCAAGGUCUACUUUCCAAAUGGGAUUGCUUUUAUUCAUGCUUUCUGGGCUGACUGGCGAUUACUACCAUUAUUUCCCACACUGAUAGAAGCCAGACACGCAUGCGUGUGCUGUGGCACUUCCUGGCAUUGCCAGUGUUUUGUCGAUUUCUGCUGCCUAUCAGAAUGUGCUACUAUGUGUUUGUGCUCAAGGGUAAAUGGUUAGGGUUAGGGUUAGGGUUGACUGCUAUCAUUUUCCACUACGUUAGAUUUUUUUGGCAAAGCAGUAGAAAUUGUCAGAAUGCCGAUCACACCUGACAGAGUGUUUUCCUGAGAGAACAGCUGUUUUGAUCAUCUCAGCUGCUGCAGCUCUGUUUGAAAGCAAAGAAAAAGAAAUUUAGGUGUGGGAUAAGUGGGAGGCCUGGCUUGCUAGUGAAACACCACUGCCCCUAUUGUUUCUUCACUUACCCAGUCAGGUGGGGAUCUGAGCCGUGAGCUGGCUCUCACCUCUGGUAUCACGCAACUGACCAUACAGCGGCUAGUGGGGAGUUUGACCACAAUAUGCUGCUGUUGGUGUUUGCAAUUGAAGGCACCACAUGACAUGGCUUGUUUUGGUGUGUUUUGGGCUUAUUAUAUCCAUGGCUGUGCUAAUACUGCUGUAGCUAGAGAAGUCAUACCUCUGUGUUUAUAUUUUUGAAUCAUGUAUAUUCAGUCAGACAAAUCUGGAAAGGUUGUGUUCACAUGUAAUACUGCAGCUUCGAACAGCAUGUGCACCGUGCAUGAGUGAUGAAAUAUUACUCAAUGAAUGACAGCCACAUGGAAUAUUUUAACCCAUCCCUAUGUAAUAUUUCUGAAUGUUGCAGUAUUUUUAGUGCAGCUACUUUAGUGUUUACUGUCUUGUUCAUCUUUUGCAACACAUUGCUCUUACCAGCUAUACCUAUCAGGUGACUGCAGUUCUCAUACUUCUGCGCGAGAUGUCGAAAGCACUCAAUGACAGCACACCAGGAAAUGCAGGGAUAGUAGUCAAGGCUGCGGAGAAAAACACGUUGCAAAACCUCGUAGCGAGGGAGGAUUAUUUUUCCAGUGUUGUUCAAUUAGUCAACAACCUGUGUUAACUUCUAUUACUUACACAACACGGUUUGGGAUCAGAGCCACAGCAUGGGCAGGUUCCUUCACCACACCUGAAGCAUGCAUACUUCUGUAUUGUCUUACUGUCCACAUGCCUUCGCCUCAAGCACUGAGACAGUUGGGGAUCAGAUAAAAACAACAUACUGCCAAACAUGACUACGGUUUCCUUUAGAUGUCGUGAUCUGAUGAUAUGGAAAUCUGUACUAAUAAGCAUAUAGUUUAUUUAACAUUCAAAGUAUUUAUGCAAAUACAAGUCUAUUAAUCAAGUAUACAAUCAGCCAACAUGUCAGAAAUCAUCUAUUGCCUUGUUCCCCAUCAACAUAACACUCAUUCAAACAUCUUAAAAAAAUGUAAAUAGCCACUAUUGCUGCUUUUUUAUACAAGAGUUGGUUCACUGUAAAUAUUUUAUAUUUACAAAUACAAUAAAAGUGCAUUGUAAACCUUUGUACACAUAUAAAGCUCCCAAAUUGUUUUUAUAACUGACUUUCUAACAAGUGAUAAAGAGAAACUGUUCCAGAGUUUUAAUGCUGUGGUGAAACCAAGUCUGUAUUUCUAUCCAUGCAAUGAUGAUUUGAUUACUUUGUUUAUACUGUGUGUUUGCUGAGUAUUGGGAAUUAAUGUGCCAAAGGGAAAAUAUAACAUCUUUUAACUUUUUGGCCAGUAUGAAGUAUUAUUCGGGUUUUGAUUUUACCUUCUAGAACUACUAGUAUCUCCUGGUGCAUAUGUAAAAAGACAUCCUGUUUUAAAAGAAAUAUUUUUGCAGAGGCAACCUGCCAGGCUAAAUAUUAUGAGUGUGUUCCCAGCAGGUCAGAGCAGCAGAGGAUGGGUGUUUGAAUGUUGUGUGUUUCUGUUGUAGACUGUGCCUCCUGCUGUAAACUGCUGGUUAGUGCAGAGACCUGAAUGAGCCUACAAACUGCCUAUGAAAAACUCUGCAACCCACUGUGACUUAUCUUCAUUGUCUGAUUUUCUGUCUAUGUUGGGGGCUAUCUGGACUGUCUUUUUGUGAUGAUUGGGUAUAAAUAAAUGUGCAUAUUUCCCCUUAAUGCACAUUGUGCAUGUAAAUUUAUAACCAAACAGGCUGUUGUGAAAGUUUUAUGUGGUUUAACCAGAAACCUUUACUGUUUUUAGAGAUUUGAGCCGUCGCAUGCAAAGUCAGAUGGAACUGCAAGUGCAGGUUGUGAACUAUGGGCUCUGUUAACUCUCAGAUGGUAUAAAAGAAAUGGUUAACAUUGAGAGCGUUGAUGGCCAAAAAUAGCAGCAAACAUAAACAACAAUACAAUUAAUGUGCAUUAUUAUGUUUGCAGUAUUGCAUAUUUUGCAACAUUUUUAAAAAUCAAGAUCAGUCCUGAUCAUAAACAUCAGCUAUUAUUUAAUUUUUGAUUUAACUGUUUUAAAUGCCAGUUUCAGUGCAAACAACCCUUGAUGUUUGUAAUGUAAAAAAAGCACACAAAAAGAAGAAAGGGUUUUAGUUUCAUUUAAUUUCAAACUGGAUUUUCUUGAAGUGGAUCAUCACAGCCUUGAAUCUGUUUUUUUCUGCAUCUUGCCUUUAUUUGACAGGACAGCUGAAAAGAGGCAGGAAGCAUGGGGGGAGAGAGAGUGAGGGGAAGACAUAGACAAAAAUGUGCCAAAACAGAAACUGAACCUGCAACUGGUGUGUAGAGGACUAAAGCCACUGGGGCAUCUAACCUCUGAGCUACACUGGCAUUCAGCCCUGGAUAUGUUAAUAAUGAGUAAUAAUAAGCCUCUUUGAUUUUUAUGCACUAUUCAAUAGGGAUGCACAAUAUUGUCAGUCUGGUAUGAGUAUCUGCAGAUUUUAGCUAAAAAAGGCAAAUAUCAGCAUCGGCAGAUAUCAAAAUUUCUGCUGAUAUUUACAUCUGAUACUUUGGCUGUGAAUAUCAGCAUAUCGACUGUAAAAUUUGGCCAUAUAAACAGAUAAACU